ACUUGUUUCCUUUCUUUUGUCUUUACAUUUAUUUGGACAGAAGCCAUGGCUUCUUUUCCAGAGCUUUCUCUUAUUAAUCAGUCAGUAAAAGAUUUAAAGAGUUUCUGAACUCCUCAGACAUUAGCUGUGAGCCCCCCCUCCAACCCCUUUCUGCCCAUAAACUUUUGUCUCUUUCCCAUAUUUACUGCAUUAAUAUUUUUACUAUAUAUAUACAUAUAUCUGUUUAAGGGAAACCAUACAAAGAAAACAGAGAGAGAAAAAAAAGAAAAAGAAAUGAAGAUUCAAUGUGAAAUUUGUGAUAAAGAAGAGGCAUCAAUUUAUUGUUCAGCAGAUGAAGCUACUCUUUGUCAACGUUGUGAUUAUCAAGUUCACCAUGCUAACAAGCUUGCUAGCAAACAUCUUCGUUUUUCUUUAAUUCAUCCUUCUUUCAAAGACUCUCCUCGUUGUGACAUCUGUCAGGAGAGACGAGCAUUACUCUUUUGUAAAGAAGACAGAGCAAUCCUUUGCAAAGAAUGUGACUUGCAUAUACACAAAGCAAAUGAACAUACCAAGAAACACAACAGGUUUCUUUUAACUGGAGUGCAGCUCUCUUCUGCUGUUGCUUCUUACAACCAAACUUCAUCAUCUUCAUCCCCUACUGGAUCUGCUGCAAGUAAUGCUGAAAAUUACAUAUCGUGUACUAGUAGUUCUGGGAUAUUGAAGGGUAAUUCAACUGUAGAAUCAACGCCUAAUUUUCAAGAGGGUUCAGUUUCAACUAGUAGUAUAUCGGAGUAUUUGAUUGAAACUCUUCCUGGUUGGCAUGUUGAAGAUUUUCUUGAAUAUCCCUGUUCUUCUCACUAUGAGUUUUGAUCAGAAACGGCCUGCUGUUUAGUUUAUUUCCACUACAAGAAGUGGAGGUACCUCAACAUCAAAUUCAGCCUCUAGAAUACAAUGUGUUGAAAGCAAGCAGGAACACAAAUGGAAUUCCUGUUCCUCAGAUCAACCCUCCAUUCUGCCAAGCAACUAAGGGUGACUUGAUAAUACUAAAGGGCAUAAAUCUUUGGAGAAAUAAGAAAAACAGAGCUAUACAAGCCAUCAGACCUUUCUUUUGGUUGCUAAUUUUGAUCUUUCACUUGGUUUUUGGACAUGUUAUAAGCGCAAGCUCCACUGUUUUUGCAAGUCAAAUCACUUGGACUUGUUAGAAUCUGUCAAUCAGACUUGGAAUGGGUUUUCAAACCAGAUCUGGUGUAAUCUUUUUUCUUUUUGAGGAGCCAAUCUUUUUGUAAUGCUAGUGGGAUGGUCUUGUGCCUGUUACCUGCUAUGAUUAUUGAAUAUGGAGAUCUUAUUUAUUUCUCA